GGUGCCUAAUCUGUGGUUACUUAAAAACCGGAUUGACCUUUUCGUAGUUUAAGGUUAUUAAAAGGGCGCAAAAGCAGUCGUAAACUUCAAUGACACAGCACUAAUACUAAAAAAAUAAUCAUACAUUGAGUUAAAUAAUAACAUAUAGUUUAAAUAAAAUGAGUCUUACUUCUGCAGCUGGUGUAAUAGCUUUACUAGAUGAGCCUGAGCCAGAUUUAAAAUAUUACGCUCUCAAAAAACUUGACAGUAUUGUCAACCAAUUUUGGGCUGAGAUAUCAGAGGUUAUAACUAAAAUAGAAGAGCUUUGUGAGAAUGAUGUAUUCAUACAUAAAGAUCUUUCUUCACUUGUUGCAUCUAAGGUUUAUUAUCACCUUGGUUCAUUUGAAGAUUCCGUUAUGUAUGCACUUGGCGCAGAAAAUUUAUUUAAUGUAAAUAGUCAUUCAGAAUAUGUAGAAACGACAAUUGCAAAGUGUAUUGAUAUGUACAUACAGCUUCGGAUUACUGCUGCAGAAAACGCUGAUGGCAGUGAAAAAAAUAUAGAUAAAAGACUUGUUAAUAUUGUUGAUAGAAUGUUUCAAAGAUGUUUUGAUGAUAAAAAGUUCAAACAGGCAAUCGGCAUAGCUUUAGAAACACGAAGAGUUGAUAUGUUUGAACAAGCAAUAUUAAAAUCUGAAGAUAUUCAGGGAAUGCUCAGUUAUGCACUUGGUAUUUGUAUGUCAUUAAUUGAAAGUAGAUCUUUUCGAAAUCAGAUUCUUCGUAUAUUAGUAAAACUAUAUUUGAGCUUAGCGACACCGGACCAUAUCAGUGUUACACAGUGUUUGAUUUUUCUUGAUGAUCCAGACUCAGUAGCAAAUAUUUUAGAAAAACUUAUGAGGAGCAGUGAGAAUGACAGUCUAAUGGGAUAUCAGAUAGCUUUUGACUUAUAUGAAAAUGCAUCUCAACAAUUUUUAAAUGGUAUUAAAAAUUCCUUUAAAAAAUCACCUACACUUACAGUUCCACCUAGUGAUUCUUCCAAAAGUAACAUAGAUAGUGUUUCAGAGACACCUAUGGACACAACUGAAAGUUUAGAAAGUAAUAAAGAAGAUAUUUUGUUAGAGAGCAGCGAAUAUAAUCACAGAAUAGAAAAACUUAUAGACAUCCUUGGUGGAGAUGCUACUUUAAAAUUGCAUCUUGAAUUUUUAAUACGUAACAAUCAUGCAGAUUUACUUAUACUUAAAAAUACAAAGGAGAUUGUACGAAAUUCAAUAUGUCAUUCUGCAACUGUCAUUGCAAAUGCAUUUAUGCAUUGUGGUACAACAAGUGACACAUUUUUGAGAAAUAACCUUGAAUGGCUUGCAAGAGCAACAAACUGGGCAAAGUUUACUGCAACAGCUAGCUUAGGGGUUAUUCAUAAGGGGCAUGAAAAGGAAUCAUUAAAGUUGAUGGGUUCAUAUCUUCCAAAAGAUGGAAGCGCUGGUAGUGCUUACCAAGAAGGGGGCGGAUUGUAUGCUUUAGGAUUAAUUCAUGCUAACCAUGGCAACAGUAUAAAGGAGUACCUUCUUCAGCAACUUAAAAAUGCAACUAAUGAUAUGGUCAGACAUGGUGGAUCUUUAGGGCUUGGACUUGCUGCUAUGGGAACACAGCAAACUGAUAUUUACGAGCAAUUGAAGUUUAAUCUUUACCAAGAUGACGCAGUGACUGGUGAAGCUGCUGGUAUUGGAAUGGGGCUUGUUAUGUUAGGUUCAAAAUCUAGUCAAGCUGUUGAAGACAUGGUCAUGUAUGCAAAAGAAACUCAGCAUGAAAAGAUUUUAAGAGGCUUAGCUAUAGGAAUUGCAUUGAUCAUGUACGGAAGGAUGGAAGAAGCUGAUGAACUUAUUGAGGCUUUACUACAAGAUAAGGAUGCAAUUUUAAGAAGAAGUGCAAUGUAUACAAUAUCAAUGGCUUAUGCUGGAACAGGAAACAACAAAGCAAUUAGAAAGCUUCUUCAUGUUGCAGUUAGUGAUGUAAAUGAUGAUGUUAGACGAGCUGCUGUUCAAUCAUUAGGAUUUUUGCUUUUUAAAACUCCUGACCAAGUUCCUAGUGUAGUAUCGUUACUCUCAGAAAGUUAUAAUCCUCAUGUUAGAUGUGGAGCAGCAAUGGCUCUUGGUAUUGCUUGUGCUGGAACAGGAUCUAAAGAAGCUAUCAGUUUAAUUGAGCCUUUGAUGAAAGAUUCUGUCAAUUUUGUCAGACAGUAUGCUUUGAUUGCGUCAGCAUUGAUUGCUAUCCAACAGACAGAAGUAACAUGUCCAAAGGCAAAACAAAUUAGAGAAUCAUAUGCAACAAUAAUUGCUGAUAAACAUGAAGAUAGUAUAUCUAAGUUUGGUGCUAUUCUUGCUCAAGGAAUUAUUGAUGCAGGUGGCAGGAAUGCAACAGUAUCUUUUCAAUCGCGCGCUGGUCAAAAUCAUAUGCCAAGCAUUGUUGGAAUUUUUGUUUUUUCACAAUUUUGGUAUUGGUUCCCUCUUUCACAUUUCUUGUCACUAGCGUUCACUCCCACAUGUCUAAUUGGUCUCAAUACAAAUUUAAAGAUGCCUAAACUUCAACUACGUUCUAAUGCUAAACCAUCAACAUAUGCAUAUCCCGAAUUAUUACAACCUCCAAAAAAAGAAGAAAAAGAAAAAGUCAGUACAGCUAUUUUGUCAAUUUCUCAUAGAAUGAAAGGCCAGUAUAGAAAAGGUCGUUUUGAAGAGCCAAUGGAACAGGAGAAGAAUACUGAAACUAGUUCUAAAGUGGAACCUGGAUCUGACAAAGAAAAAGAGUCUGCAAAUAGUAUUGAAAAAGAUAUAGAUGAAACUGAUAAGGGUGAUAAUAAAGAAGGGAAGGAUAAAAAAAAAGAUGAACCUGAUUUUGAGAUAUUAGAAAAUCCAGCUCGUGUUAUGCCUGCACAACUUAAAAAGUUGACUAUGGCUACAGACUGUCGAUAUCAGCCAUUAAAACCUGUUUCUGUAGGAGGAAUCAUUAUUAUGAAAGACACAAAGAGCAAUGAAGCUGAAGAUUUAAUUGAACCUUUACCUGCAUUUACUGCAUCGACAGCAGACGAUGAAAACGAUGAACCUGAGCCUCCUGAACCAUUCGAAUACACUGAAGUUUAAUUUUUCAAAGAUGUUUAACGUUUAGUUAAAUACAAUUUUUUGUGUAGUCUUUAUAUAUAUACAUAUUUAUAAAAAGAUUCUAAAUUAAACUGAACGAAA